UGACAACACGGCUCGUUUUAUGGCAACGUAGCUAAACAGCAGGUAGUCACGAAUGUGUCAGGACUCCUCCUAGUAGAGCGAUAUGCAUUAAAAAUAACAAAGUUUUUGUGUUAUAUGUCAUUUACUCAUAAAGGACCGCCGGAGCUUAGCAUAAAGGCCGGCAAUAAUCUAUAAGUCGAGGAAGCUAACAAGCUAGCAGUGGUAACAGCACUUUGGAUUUACUGUUGUUAAAUAACUCCGCAGCUGGAUGAGCUUGCUAGGAUGAAUGGGAAAGCUAAGAAGCUAACGAUGGUCAUUGUGUUAUAGGUUGAAUUUGUGCUGUAUUUUUGGAGAUAAACUUUUAUAAAUAAUAAAUUAGGAGUUAUGAGAAUAAACAGAUAUGUAAUUUCGAGCACGGGGUCUCGUGGUUAUUUACAGCUGGAUAUCCUCGGUGUGGGAUUAGCUUAUUUUCUCCUUGGAAAGACGACAUUCGCUCCUUUCGGCUACCUCAAAAUACACGGGAGUCGGUGAUGCUGUCGGUCGCUGGACAAAUGCACCGGGUGUCCGAACUAGGACAGAGCGGCCAGACUCCGUUAUAAACAAUGAAAAACUGCGAGUAUCAACAAAUAGACCCGCAAGCACUUCCGACGCCCACCCCGACCCCUCCGCUUCAUAAUGGGAAUGACACGGAGAAGAAGAAGGAGCCGAGAAGACCCAGGAGAAAGUGGGAAGUUUUCCCCGGAAAGAAUCGCUUCUACUGCGAUGGACGGAUCAUAGUGGCCCGACAGAGUGGGGUCCUUCCCCUUACUCUGGGUCUCAUCCUCGUCACAAGUGGUUUAUUUUUUAUAUUUGAUUGUCCGUUCCUGGUCAAACACCUGACCAGCUGCAUACCUGUUAUUGGAGGAGUCCUCUUUGUGUUUGUGCUCAUCACCCUGCUCCAGACCAGCUUCACCGACCCCGGCAUCCUGCCCAGAGCAACACCAGAUGAGGCUGCAGACAUUGAGAAACAGAUUGACAACACUGGAAACACCAGCUAUCGACCUCCGCCUCGCACCAAGGAAGUGCUAAUCAAUCAGCAGGUGGUGAAGCUCAAGUACUGCUUCACCUGCAAGAUGUUCCGCCCUCCGCGCACCUCCCACUGCAGCCUGUGUGACAACUGUGUGGAGAGAUUCGACCAUCACUGCCCCUGGGUUGGGAACUGUGUAGGGAAACGUAACUACCGGUUUUUCUACACCUUCAUCGUGUCGCUCUCCUUCCUGACGGCGUUCAUCUUCGGCUGUGUGACCACACACCUAGCACUGAGAGCUCAGGGCGGGAAGGGCCUAGUGUUUGCGCUUCAGGAGAGUCCGGGGAGUGCAGUAGAGCUGGUGAUAUGUUUCUUUUCAGUUUGGUCCAUUUUGGGCCUCUCAGGCUUCCAUACAUACCUGGUUGCUUCCAAUCUUACCACUAAUGAAGAUAUUAAAGGCUCCUGGUCAGGGAAGAGUGGAGAAGAUGUUACAAACCCAUACAGUCAUAAAAACAUCUUUAUCAACUGUUGUUCGGUGCUUUGUGCGCCCAUGCCGCCAAGCUUGAUUGACAGACGGGGUUUCCUGCCGGCAGAUGAGUCUGCCCAGACUGGCAGUACGGACAUCGAGCUGCCCACCCUGGCCGCUAAAAGCGAGAUAAAUGUGUGCACACAGGGAACUAAAGGUCUGCUAGAAUCGGCUGCGCUCUCUCCGCUCCUGUCCACCUCGUGUCCUCAGGGGAAACCUCAGAAUGCUCAUUCCUGCCCAGAAACCAGCCCAGCGUUGAACUCUGACCCCACAUCGGAGUUGUCUAAAGGCUGCAGGGGUAACCAUACGUCCAGCUCCCAUGGCGAUACUUCUCGUCCACGUCACACCAAAGCUCGCUCAAAGAAAUGCAGACGAGAGGCUCUGCAUAUUCCCAACCCUGCAUUUGAUGUCCCUGUUUCCCCUACCUCUCCGGACGCUGCCCCUGACUCCAAAGCCAGGAGCCACAAAGGAGGCAGCCUCACCCCGUUGCACUGACUGUCUUGAAUGAUGUUUUUCACAAGUCAAACACUGUUUGAGGCUUGCAUGCUGUAACACAGUCAGAUCCAAGUUAUAUGAUUUUUUUUGUUUGGUUAUUCCUGUUGGUUCUCUGAAACUCCAGGAGUGUUGAAGAUGUUUGUUCACUGAGUAAGACAAUCACAGUGGAAAUAGGACAGAUUGGAUGAAGAUGAUUCUAGGUGCAACAUAGCGUUGGUGUAGAGAAAAGUUCUAAGAAGGGCUGUGAGCCGUAGAUUCUUGUGUAAAAAAACAAAUUUACCAGCAUGUCAGAUUUCACCAAAUUUGUGAAACAGCGGCUUUAAUGUAUCAGGUGGAUGGAAGCUCUGAAUUGUGUAUAUCUAUAAAGAGAAGAUCCUUGAAGGGAAAAUCCACCCAAAAAUGUUCACAUCGAUAGCAUCAUCUCAAGCUGUACAGGCAGUGAUUAAUGGAACAAGUCACAGAACUCGUAGACAAAAGCACUGUCCUCAGAACACUUUCUUGUGGAAUCACCUGUUUAGCUCACUGGGUUAAGCAGGCAACCCAUUUGCCUCAAGACAUGUCUUCCCCCUGGUCUUCUCCCAGGCUUCCUGUCUUCUCUUUGCUCUCCUAUUGCAAUAUAAUCCAUAUAAUCUGGUACAGAAUUUAUAUGGAGUAAAUAUUUAGUCACCACAGCCACCACAGGUGGGUAAGGUUUGGCCACCCCUUCUGCCCAGUAAGUGUCAAACGGCAAUGUCUGCAAAAGAGCCUUUUACUGUAGAGUGGUUGAAAUAUCUUGUAAUUUAUUCAUUUGGAUUGUCGUAGGGCUUUAGGGGUAUGUCUGCUCUGAUUAACAGGUGUACCACCACCUGUCAUUGUCUGUUCUGCUAAUUUAAAUCUCUGAACUGGAUCUCUGGGCUGUGUUUGAGGAGGUGGUUCUUUUUGGAAUAUUUUUAAUUAAUUAUUAAUACUCUUAAUAAGCUUUUGUUUCAGUUUUACUAUAGGGAAUUUAUUCUUCUGUUAUGUCUGUGAAGGUUCUCAGUCAUCCAGGUGAUCGUAGUCAAAGGAGUUUGCAAAGAAAAGCG